AUGCCACAUCCAAAGCAGGUGGUCUGCUGUGCACUUUGUUGUCUUGCACUCUUCGUCGUCUUGGCCAGUCCAAAUGAUUUGUGCAAUGUAUCUAUCUACCACAUCUUCCAGUCCAAACAAUUCAAGUGCCACGUCAAAAUCUCAGUUAUCGGAUCUUAUUCUUUUGACACAUCACAGAUUCCUAUGACACAUGAAACUUUCCCCCAUCAAAUGAUCGGGAAAUGUUCUUUAUUGGUGGAAUGGUACAUUGCUGUCUUGGCUAGUCCAAACACAAUGAAAGUUCUCUGUCAAUACCCCUUCGAUUUUCAUGAUCUUGAACUCGUUCAGAUAGUCCCACACUCCGUGAAGAUGCUCCCCAAAACCGUUUACGAAACGGACCUUAAUCUGCUCCGUUUCCUGUUGUCGAGGGCUCGUUCGGAUAGCCCCACGCUCCGUGAAGACGUUCCCCAAAACCGUUUACGAAAUGGUCAAGGUCUCGUGGAGCUAGGUCAGUUUGCAUUUUCGUUCUUUUGCCCUGUGCUCACAACUGCCCAGGACCUCAAUCUGCUCCGUUUUCUGUGGUCGAGGGCUCGUUCGGAUACCCCCACGCUCCGUGAAGACGCUCCCCAAAACCGUUUACGAAACGGUCAAGGUCUCAUGGAGCUAGGACCUCAAUCUGCUUCAUUUUCUGACCUCAAUCUGCUCCGUUUUCUGUGGUCGAGGGCUCGUUCGGAUACCCCCACGCUCCGUGAAGACGCUCCCCAAAACCGUUUACGAAACGGUCAAGGUCUCAUGGAGCUAGGACCUCAAUCUGCUUUGUUUUCUGUGGACCUCAAUCUGCUUCGUUUUCUGUGGUCGAGGGCUCGUUCGGAUAGCCCCACACUCCGUGAAGACGCUCCCCAAAACCACUUACGAAACGGUCAAGGUCUCGUGGAGCUAGGACCUCAAUCUGCUCCAUUCUCUGUGGUCGAGGGCUCGUUCACAUAG